AUGGCCGUUACUGUUGCUGGAAGAACUUUGCCCUCAUUCAGAGCAUUCGAUCCAUCACCUCGUGCUGGCGGAUACAUCGAUCAACGUUUCCUAACGGGGAUAAAUCCUCAGGAGCUAUUCUUCCACACCAUGGCCGGAAGAGAGGGUCUGAUUGAUACUGCUGUUAAAACUUCUCGCUCGGGAUAUUUACAAAGAUGUUUGAUAAAGCACUUGGAGGGCUUGAGGAUCCAUUAUGACGGGACUGUCAGAGAUCACGAUGGCUCGGUCGUGCAGGUGCCGUUUUUGUAA